GCACGAAACCGCGAAGACCGAAGAAAAAAAUGAGACACGGGUGUGUUGGUGUAUAUAAGUUGAUAUAUCGAGAGUCGAAAGUUCGCACGGCCCUGGCCCGAACUACCUGUCGCUUCCACCGCGCCAACGAACAAACGACACAACGUCGAGGACGAGAAAUUUAAGUCAGUCUACGACGGACUCACCGACCGAUCGAGUGGUCCGACAAUUAUAUCUUUUCAUUCGGUACUAGCCUUACGUAUUUGCAGCUCUUCAACAUCCCAAAGUGAUCGCGUAAUUACGGCGUCGAUCGUUUUUCUUUCUAGUUUUCGAGACUACGAAAUUCUUUCACCAAAGAGGACAACGGAAUCCUUGAGCAAAAAAAGUUAAACAAGGAAAUUACUUGCACAAUGACAGCAGCAGACGCGAAAGGGAACCAAGUUCCGGACAGAAUCGCGGAGAUGUUCGAAGGUCGUCAAAUUCUACUGACCGGAGGUACGGGUUUUCUCGGUAAAGUUACCGUUGAAAAAUUUCUACGUUGCGUACCGAACGUUGGAAAAAUUUAUCUUCUGGUCAGACCGAAAAAAGGCAAAGAUCCCAAACAGCGACUCGAUGAAAUUUUCAAUUCUCCGCUCUUUGAAAAAGUGCGAGAUCUUCGAGGUCUGUCGGACCUUCACGAAUCCGUUGCUAUCGUAAAUGGCGAUGUUGCUGCACCCAAUUUGGGCCUUUCACCGGAAGACAGAAAAAUGCUUUGCGAAAGAAUAAAUAUUGUUUAUCACGCUGCCGCAACCGUCAGAUUUGACGAAUCACUGAAGAAAGCUGUUCUUUUGAACACCCGAGGAACGAGAAAUAUGAUCGAGCUCGCCAAAGUAAUGAAAGAAUUGGUACUGUUUGCUCACAUUAGCACCUCCUAUUGUCACCUCGAAGAAAAGAUACUCCGCGAAAAACCUUAUCCUCCACCCGCUGAUCCGCACAAAAUCAUCAAAUGUGUUGAGUGGAUGGAUGACGAGGUUGUCGAAGCAAUGACAGAAAAAAUUCUGGGCACAUAUCCAAAUACGUAUGCGUUCACAAAGGCAUUAUCCGAGGGUCUCGUCGAGGAGGCAAUGCCCCUCAUCCCAGCGAUUAUUCUUCGACCGAGUAUAAUAAUACCCGUUUGGAAAGAACCGAUUCCUGGCUGGACCGACAACAUAAAUGGACCGACGGGUUUGCUCAUCGGUGCUGGCAAAGGAGUUAUCAGAACAAUGUACUGUCAGGAAACCGGCUAUGCCGAUUAUCUUCCAGUUGACGUUGCGGUUAACGCCAUUUUCGCAUGCACGUGGAACUUUUUGUACUUCAACGAACAAGAUAAACGAGUCUACAAUCUCACGAGUAGCAGUGAAUUUAAGGUCUCGUGGAGAGAAAUAAUCGAUCGAGGACGCAGAAUCACAGAGAAAGUGCCACUCAAUAACGUCGUUUGGUAUCCCGGUGGCAGUAUGAAGAGUUCUCGAUUCGUCCACAAUAUUUGCGUACUAUUUUUCCAUAUGAUACCAGCCUACUUUAUCGACACACUGAUAUUCCUUGCGGGAUACAAACCGAUUUUGUGCAGAGUUCAUCGCCGUAUUCAGAAGGGAUUCGAAGUUUUCGAGUACUACGCGAAUAACCAGUGGGAUUUUGACAACAAAAACUUGACCGACCUGAGGGAAAAGUUCAAUGCUACGGAACGCGAGCGUUACGCGCUGCACGGUGAUGAUUUAGAUCUUGACUCUUAUUUCGAGGAUUGCAUAAGAGCAGCGAGAAUUUAUAUCCUCAAAGAAAUGCCGGAAACGUUGCCGGCUGCUCGACGUCACAUGAGAAUAAUGUGGUGGGUCGACGUGUUCGCAAAAAUCCUUUUCUUUGCUCUACUAAUUUACGCACUUGCUUGCUGGAGCGAGAGCUUUAGAACACUCCUCGGGCAUGGCUGGCAAAUCGUCCGCUCCGCACUUUCCCACUAAUUCAUUAUUAUUCCGUCUUUUUUUACUCUUUUCUAGCUCUGUACCGUGCCAGCACAGAUGUAUUAAAAUUUCAAGACCAAAUAAAUAUUUUAAAACACG